AUGAAAAACAUGAGCUGCAUUAUUCCAAUAACCUAUCUUCUCUUUAUUACACUCUUCUCAGCAAAUGCUCAAUUUGUUAAGAAGACUUACCUAGUUCAAAUGGAUAAGGCAGCAAUGCCAAAAGCCUUCUCCAAUCACCUUGAUUGGUACUCAUCAACAGUGAAAUCAGCACUUCUCACCACUUCUCUGGAAUCUUCUGAUAUGAAAAAUGAGGAAGAGAGAAUAAUCUACAGUUACCAAAAUGCUUUUCAUGGAGUUGCAGCAAAGCUGAGCAAGGAAGAAGCUGAGAGGCUAGAGGAUCAAGAAGGUGUUGUGGCCAUUUUCCCUGAAAGAAAGUACCAACUACACACCACAAGAAGCCCUGAGUUCCUUGGUCUUGAACCAUUAUCAAAGGGAACUGAUAGUAUCUUUUCAGAAAAUCUUGAUAAUGAUGUUAUAGUUGGAGUGUUAGACACUGGAAUUUGGCCAGAAAGUGAAAGCUUCAAUGACACAGGAAUGAAACCAGUACCUUCUUAUUGGAAAGGUGCCUGUGAAAUUGGUCGUGGCUUCACCAAACAACACUGCAACAAGAAGAUUAUUGGUGCCAGAGUGUUCUAUCACGGAUAUGAGGCAGCAAUUGGAAAGAUCAAUGAGUCAAGAGAGCACAAAUCACCAAGGGAUCAAGAUGGCCAUGGAACUCACACUGCAGCAACUGUUGCAGGCUCUGUAGUCCAUGGUGCUAACCUUCUAGGCUAUGCUUACGGCACUGCAAGAGGAAUGGCACCAGGAGCAAGAAUUGCAGCUUACAAAGUUUGCUGGAUUGGAGGGUGCUUCAGCUCAGAUAUUCUCUCUGCCAUUGAUAAAGCUGUAUCUGAUGGGGUGCAUGUCUUGUCCAUUUCAUUAGGUGGAGGAGUCUCAUCUUAUUCCCAUGAUAGUAUUUCAACUGCUGCAUUCGGAGCAAUGGAGCGCGGUGUGUUCAUUUCGUGUUCUGCCGGAAAUGCUGGUCCUAGCCCUGCAAGUCUUGCCAAUGUGUCACCAUGGAUCACCACUGUGGGAGCUAGCACAAUGGAUAGAGAUUUCCCUGCACAAGUUAAGCUUGGGAAUGGCAAGAAUUUGAGUGGUGCUUCACUCUAUAAAGGGCCAAACACAGUAUCAACUGAAAAACAAUACCCUUUGGUUUACUUGGGUGGUAACUCAUCAGGUACUCUUAAUCCAAAAGCAAUGUGCUUGGAAGGGACUUUGGAUCCUCAAGUGGUUAAAGGGAAGAUAGUGAUUUGUGAGAGAGGGAUUAGUCCAAGAGUGCAAAAGGGUCAUGUGGUGAAAAAUGCAGGUGGGGUUGGAAUGAUUCUCACCAACACUGAAACAAACGGAGAAGAGCUUGUUGCAGAUUGCCACCUCCUUCCAGCAGUUGCAAUAGGAGAGAAAGAUGGUAAAGAUCUCAAAAACUAUGUCUUAACAAACAAAAAUGCCACUGCAACUCUUUCAUUUCUUGGAACAAGGUUAGGAAUUAGGCCUUCACCUGUGGUAGCAGCAUUUUCAUCAAGAGGGCCUAAUUUCCUCUCACUUGAAGUUCUGAAGCCAGAUUUGGUUGCUCCUGGUGUGAACAUUCUUGCUGCUUGGAGUGAAGAUGUUGGUCCAUCAGGGUUGGCAAUAGAUCAAAGGAGGGUGAAGUUCAGCAUAGUUUCUGGAACCUCAAUGUCAUGCCCUCAUGUGAGUGGUGUAGCUGCAUUGAUUAAGGCUAAGCAUCCUCAAUGGAGUCCAGCAGCUAUAAAAUCUGCACUGAUGACAACAGCUUAUGUUGUUGACAACACCAUGAAGCCUCUGAAAGAUGCAUCAAAUGCUGAAAAGCCUUCAAAUCCUUAUGAUCAUGGUGCCGGUCACAUUAACCCCACAAAAGCACUAGACCCAGGUUUAGUCUAUGAUAUCAAGCCACAAGAUUACUUUGAUUUUCUGUGCACACAGAAUCUAACUCCAAACCAGUUAGGUGUCUUUGGCAAAUAUGCAAACAGGUCAUGUGCACAUUCUCUGGCUAGCCCUGGUGACUUGAACUACCCUGCAAUUUCAUUGGUGUUUGCUGAGAAUAAAUCUAUUUCAGUUAUGACAGUUCAUAGAACUGUGACCAAUGUCGGACCUGAUGUUUCCACAUACCAUGUUUUGGUCUCAGUGUUUAAAGGUGCUUCUGUGAAAGUUGAGCCAGAAACCUUGAAUUUCACAAGGAAGUAUCAGAAGCUGUCAUAUAAAGUUACCUUCACAACAAAAGCAAGGCAAACACAACCUGAAUUUGGAGACCUUGUUUGGAAGGAUGGUGUUCAGAGUGUUAGAAGCCCAAUUGUGAUAACUUGGUUGACACCAAUAGUAUGA